AUGAAUAAGCUCAUUUUCAUGGCUGUUGUUGUUGAUCCUCGAUACAAGUUGAAGUUGGUGAAACUAGUGUUGGCACAUAUGUACGAUGAGGAGUUGGCUAACUCAUUUGGAAAUGAAGUUGAGGCUGAAUUAGUUAACAUGUGUGGUGAUUACAAACAGCCAAUUGUCCAACAAAAUGUAGGAUAUGCAGAAUUGAAAUUGAAUGCUACACAAGAUGAUAAUGAUGUAUUGAAGAAUGCUAUGAAAAUGGAGGAUAUUGAGAGUGGUGGGCCAAAAUUUGACCUUUUGGAUUGGUGGAAAAAUAAUGAAUAUAAAUAUCAUGUACUCUCCCAAGCUGCCCGUGAUAUUCUAGCAGUUCCUAUCUCCACUGUAGCAUCUGAGUCCGCUUUUAGCACCGGUGGCCGAGUUCUUGAUCCAUUUAGGAGCUCUUUAAGUCCUAAAUUGUCGAACUCUAACCCUAAUUCACUCCUUCCGCCUCCUCUCCAAAUCCAGAUUCUGAAUCUCUUCUCCUCUCCGUUGCAAUCUCUUCUCCUCCCCUCUCAUCUCCUCUCCGUCGACAUCUCUUCUCCUCUCUGUUUCCCAUCUCUUCUCCUACCCGUCGCCUCCGCCCUCCAGCCGUGCUCCAGAUUCUUGCUCGUCUGCUCCCCUCCACGUUGGCGCCCUCCACCCGACGACUCGUCGCUUUCCAGCGUCCAGCAGCCGCCUCCUCCCUCAGCCAGCCACGCCGCUCAAGAAGGUAGGGUGUUGGGGAGACGGGCAUUGAGCUGUGUGUUUAGAGGGAGAGUGGGAUUCAUGAGGCGUACUGUGGCGAUCAAGAGGUUGGAGAGUGACGAUAAGGAGUCGUCCAAGGCGUUUUGCAGGGAAUUGAUGAUUGCUAGCUCUUUGCAUAACCCUCACAUUGUUCCACUGGUAGAGUUCUGUUUAGAUGCUGAGAUGGGCUUGUUUUUGGUGUACAAGUACGUCUCCGGUGGAAGCUUGGAACGAUCCUUCAUCCUUGCACGGUAUUAUUCAAAGAGGGGUUGUCCGGCUCUGCCAUGGCCGGUUAGGUACAAGGUCGCAGUGGGGAUUGCUGAGGCAAUUGACUACUUGCUCAAUGGAACGGAAAGAUGUGUUGUUCAUAGGGACAUAAAGCCCUCAAACAUCCUCGUUUCCUCUAAGAAGACGCCCAAAUUGUGUGACUUUGGCUUGGCAACAUGGACUCCUGGGCCUUCGGUGCCAUUCCUUUGCAAAAUGGUUAAAGGAACAUUUGGAUACUUGGCUCUGGAAUACUUCCAGCAUGGGAAAGUGUCAGAUAAAACUGAUGUAUAUGCCUUUGGCGUCGUGCUCUUGGAACUCAUCACUGGUAGGAAGCCGAUUGAGUCCAGCAGAGGGCCAGGAGAAGAUAAUCUGGUUCAAUGGAUGUUGAAUAAUGAAAGAGAAACCAUUGGAGAUAGCAUUGAUGUAACUAAAGUUACUCCCCAUGAGGAUGACAAAGGCCAUGAAAAAAAUAGAAGUUCUUCCAUUGAUACUUGGAAGUUUGAUCAAGAAAAGGCUAAGAAGGCUUUAGCUUUUAGGCUAAUUGUUGAUGAGUUGCGUGGAUAUGUAAAUUUUGUUGGUUGAUGUAUGUUAAUCAUGUUAUUAUAGUUUUGUGAUUUUUUUAUUUUGGUUUUUCGUUUUUCGGUUAUUUCAUACAAUUUCGGUUUUUGGUUGAAAUUUUAAAAAUUUCGGUUUUUCGGUUUAAUUCGUUUUUUUAAGUUCGGUUUCGGUUUUUCGGUUUUCGGUUUCAUGCAUUGAUUUUGGGUUCCCUGUAAAGAGCUGAUAAGGCUCGUUUCAUGCAUUGAUUUUGGGUUAAAUUCUGUGUUUUCGGAACACUAAUGUAUGUUUCUAAGUUCAGGUGCGUAAGAAAUCUGCCGGACCUAGGAGUUUGUGCUAAUUGACCUGGCAGAUGCAAAAAAUGAUGAAUUUUGUAGUGAAACAUCAGAAGUCGUCGCUCGGACAGGAGCAGAAUGGACCAAGAGCAGACUUUAAAAGAUCUUAUUCAGGGGCACAAGCGUCAAUUCACCGAGAAGAUGCCUUAGAGAUCAGAGCCUUACCUAUAUAAAGAGCUCAACAUUGAGAAAGAAAUAUAUACACUUUUCAGAUCACUUUUAGGGAGGCUCCUAGCUUACUUACUUAGCUCCACACUUCAGAAACACAUUUCAGUUUGCUGCGCACUUGGAUAUGGGGUGACUUCCGGCUACCGUGGUGGUUUUAGUUCGUUUGCUGCUGUGUAACACCGCCCUACAUUUCAGUUCGUUUCAUGCAUUGGUUUUGGGUUAAAUUCUGUGUUUUCGGAACACUAAUGUAUGUUUCUAAGUUCAGGUGCGUAAGAAAUCUGCCGGACCUAGGAGUUUGUGCUAAUUGACCUGGCAGAUGCAAAAAAUGAUGAAUUUUGGAGUGAAACACCAGAAGUCGUCGCACGGACAGGAGCCGAAUGGACCAAGAGCAGACUUUAAAAGAUCUUAUUCAUGGGCACAAGCGUCAAUUCACCGAGAAGAUGCCUUAGGGAUCAGAGCCUUACCUAUAUAAAGAGCUCAACAUUGAGAAAGAAAUAUAUACACUUUUUAGAUCACUUUUAGGGAGGCUCCUAGCUCACUUACUUAGCUCCACACUUCAGAAACACAUUUCAGUUUGCUGCGCACUUGGAUAUGGGGUGACUUCCGGCUACCGUGGUGGUUUUAGUUCGUUUGCUGCUGUGUAACACCGCCCUACGUGGGCGAAGAAACAAUAUUUUACCUUGCUUUGUUUAGUUCUCGUUUUCUUAAGUACUUGUUGGUUUUCAGCUUCGUAAUUUCUGUUUCUGACUUGGAUCAGUUGGAAUCAAGCUUAGUUUUAUAUAUUAUAGAAGUAUCUGUUGGUUUUUGUUGGA